AUGUGGGAUUUCAUGACGCCAAAUUUUAACUUGGAAAUGCUAACUAUGAACGGAUACGACUCUUUCGAGGCCGAUGUGCUGUAAUAAUCGCUCUGAACGGAAUGGAGCGCUGUCAGUAUGAGCGUCAACAUAAACAUCCUCCGUCUGUUAUCAGUUGAAUAAGGUUAACUGUUAAUUUUGGUACGAAAUGAAAUACUGGUGAUUUUGAAGCACAACUCGUCCAAAAAUGUAUUGAGAAUUGGAACGUUUUAAAAAUGUCUAAACCAUAUGAGCUAAAACAAAUUUAAACCAGCCUGUGGUUUUGAAAACGAUUGGUAAACUAUCUAGAGCUGAAAUGUAUAUCACUUACGCGAUCAGCUUGCUGCCGAAAGAAGCUUUCAUGCCGGACAGGCCGGAAAUGCCGAUUAAUUAUUGGCUGCGGAAGUCAGUCGAUGAGUCCAUGAAGGACUAUUUGGAACUUCGUUCAGAAGAAUUUCUUUUGAUAAAUGUUUUAGACGAAUUUCAAAAGUGCGAACUGCCACUGAUCUGUCGUAAAAAUUUACUUCAAAGACUUCAAGCCCUGCACAAUUUUUCCGAAGCAAUGCCUUCAAAGCGGAUCGUCGACGGUUGCGCCUCCCUCCUGAUGAAACGCGCCAAAAAAACCAGUGAAGAAAAGGUGAAUAAUAAAUCGCCGAACAAAACUCUGACUAAACCUCAGCCAAAAAAGAGUACGAAAGUAUUGAAAAAGUUAUCGGCAAAGAACGUCAAAAUGGGCGAAAAUCUGAAUGAAGAUACGACGUUAAUGAAGAUCAAAAGGUGUAAUGAAACAACGGUAAACGGAGAAGAUGACGCUGAUUUCGAAAACAUCCAAAAGGAAGUUUUACCACAACGAAGCGUGAAAAGGAGCAGAACGUCAAACACCAAAUCUAGACCUACCACCCCCUCAGCGAAACGUACCAUUCGAAACUCCAGAAAUAUUUCGAAAUACAGCCCAGAUAAGCCUAGUGAAACUACUACAAUGAAGUUAAGGGCUAGAACUGUAUAUUACAGAUGAAAAUUUAGUACAUCAAAAGUACUUUGGUGUUUACCAAUACUAAUUCGGGCAAAGCCUUGUUACACGAAAAAUCCCACAUUUUUCAUACAGUUGAAGGAGACUUCAAAACCUGAACCAAGAUCACUAUAAAAAAUUGAAGAGUAAAUCAUCAACCUCAAUCAUCAAUCGACAAAUAUACAACUCGAUUCUA